GUCACAUGCUUGUGCCGAUACGCAAACCUAUUCCAAUACGGUUCUCACAAUACAACAUCCCAUUCAACAGCAAAAGUACAAUAGCACGUCUAUUGCGUGUCGUUGAAACUCAAAUCAUUUUUCGUACAAAUAUUUUUUUUUUUUUCAAAUAAAUAAAUAUUUCCUACAAAUAAAUUGCUGUAAAUCGAUGAUUUUCCCACUUUAUAGUUUAAUAUAGAGUGAAUCAUUUAGUUGCGAAUAGCAUAUAUAAAAAUUGUGAACGCGCGUCUAGUGUGUUGUGUGUUUGCAAAAAAAAAGAAGAAGUUUGCAGUGGCCAAAAUAAACGAGCAACAUAGAUUUGAAACAAACAAGGGCGGUCAACAUGUCAGGCGAUGUUAAUAUGGAGUCAACACCCGAAACAUCGAACGGUUCAGAUAUGAAGAAAGAGAAUGGCAUGAGCCCCGACGAGAUGACAUCACGUGAUUAUUAUUUCGAUUCCUAUGCACAUUUUGGCAUUCACGAGGAAAUGCUCAAAGAUGAAGUGCGAACCUUGACAUAUCGUAAUGCGAUGUAUCACAAUAAACAUUUGUUCAAGGGAAAGACUGUCUUGGACAUUGGUUGUGGCACUGGAAUUUUGUCCAUGUUUGCCGCUAAAGCUGGAGCUGCACAAGUUUAUGCCGUUGAAUGCUCCAAUAUCGUUGAUUAUGCCAGACAAAUCAUUGAAGCGAAUAAUUUUAGUGAUGUCAUCACUGUGGUCAAGGGAAAGGUCGAAGAGAUUGAGCUACCAGUGGACAAAGUUGAUAUUAUCAUUUCGGAAUGGAUGGGCUAUUGCUUGUUCUACGAAUCAAUGUUGGACACAGUAUUAUUCGCACGCGACAAAUGGCUUCGGCCCGAUGAUGGCAUGAUGUUUCCCGAUCGUUGCACAUUGUAUGUGACCGCCAUCGAAGACCGACAGUACAAAGAUGAAAAGAUCAAUUGGUGGGAUGAUGUGUACGGUUUUAAUAUGUCAUCGAUACGGAAGGUUGCCAUCACCGAGCCAUUGGUCGAUGUGGUCGAUCCAAAACAAGUUGUGUCCAGUCCAUACCUUGUUAAAGAGGUUGAUUUGUAUACGAUACAGAAGGCCGAUUUGGAUUUCACAACUCCAUUCGAAUUGGUCAUGAAACGCAACGAUUUUGUACAAGCAUUGGUCACAUUUUUCAAUGUCGAAUUCACCCGUUGUCACAAGCGAAUGGGCUUCAGCACAUCACCCGAUUCACCGUAUACACAUUGGAAACAGACGGUGUUUUACUUAGACGAUUAUUUGACAGUAAAGAAGAAUGAAACUUGCUAUGGUAUAUUCAAACUGAAGCCGAAUGAUCGAAACAAUCGAGAUUUAGAUUUUUCAAUCGAAAUUAAUUUCAAAGGUGAAUUGUCAUCGGUCAAAGAAGAAAACCAUUAUCGAAUGCGUUAAGCGAUUCAAACCGAUUUUUAAAUGAAAAAAAAAGAAAAGAACAAAAUCUAUUGUGUUGGCAUAUAAGUAAACAGUUUUAAAUUCUUGGGAGUACAUAGUAGAUGUCGAUUACCCUAGCUUCCACACAAACACGCAGACACAUACACACACUAGGAAAACAUUUUUUUUUAACUAAACAUUUUAUUUCCAUUGAAAAAUUAUUCCCUAUGACAAACUUUCAUAAACAAAUAAAAACAACAACAACAACAACAGUAACAGUAACAAUCACAAAAUUGAAAUUUUGAAACUCUCAUCCAUAGACUAUAAAAAAAAACGAAUAAAAAUGUGAAAUAAAA